AUGUCUUACAAUCACAACGGAGGAGAUAACCUCUCUUGGUACAUCAACCAGCAAGUCUCCCUUCCUAUCGCAAUUUCGACUAGCAAUGAUGUAGCUGAAGGAGUAAAAGCCACUGCAAGCACUGACACGUCCUCAACGAAUCCGACCCCCACUGAGUUUCAAACAGAGUGGCCCUAUGAAAACAGCCAGCAUGUAGAAGGUUCAUCUCAAGGCUGGUACCCGACCUCGGAUUUACGCCAGAAUACCGCGGUCCUACCUCAAAUGCCACGAUCGCCUUGUCGAUAUAGCUCAAAUAUAGACAACUUUGAUACACAGGUCAAUGGAGGACUUCCAAGCAUGACAGGUCUUGAGAUAUAUUCUACUCCUGACGAGAUUCUAUACAAUCCGAGCCUCCAGAACGAUUUCGGAAGUGCUAAUUCUUCUGUCUCGCAACAAGAUACGCCAUUAGGCGAAUUCUCAGACGAAUAUAACAUGGACUCCACCACUACUGGCUUCAGAACACCAGUCCCAUCAAAAUAUCAGACAAAUACCAAUUCAUCUGUUGGCAGUGAUACUCCUGCAGGUUUACAAUCUUCAAUUCAGGUUGACAAUCCUCCCUUUGGUAAUUCCACUCAGUUUGCUAGCAGCACCCAAAAUGGUGAAGCUCCACAACAAGAGUCAACGUCUCAAGGUGAACAAUAUCAAGCUGUAUUUUUCAAUGAAAUAAUGACAGCUCAACUUAACCGUCCACUGAGCGCGCCACCUGCAGGUCACUGGGUAUUGGAACAGGGAUUGGAAGAGGGACUUUCAUACACUGCCACUGGUCUCGACAUACCGUUACCUUUGAACCAUUUGCCUAGAGCGACGCCGAAAAUCGUUCCUCUGGCAUAUUAUGGUCACUGGGAAUACGAUGGCUCAUCAACAGGCCCGGAGAUUGACAGCGAUGUCUCGAUCUUACAACCAUCCAAUGACAUCCGAAACGAUCCUUCCGGUACAUUGGGUCAAGAUACUGGAGCUGUCCAAGGAACGCAACCCCAACAGCAACCGUCGCAGAAUAAUGACCUAGGUCAAGAUGCUUCUGUAAAUAUAUCAGCGUCAUUUCAACAAAGUAAUGUAUCGAGCACGCGUUCACCGAUACAAUCAGAUAGACGUAGACACAGCGAUCCAGCAUCUGUCCCAGCUCGUGGAGCCAGAGAGUCACAACAAGGAGUACGGGUUCCAAGCCAACUUUCGGAGCAAGCUGCACAGUAUCAAGCUCCUUCUAUCAAUACACCACGAGCACUUCAACAGAGCGGUGCAUUAAUCGAGGACGCACUAGGAGCUAUGGGUAGCCGCAGGCUCAGCGACACUUCUCCCGUUCCAGCCCAAGAGCUCCAUGAUACAAAUCCAUCGCCUACUGGUUUCCGUACCGAGCCUUGGCGAAUGAACAAGGAACAAGCUGCGAGUCAGUCUGACCGUGUUGCACAGCAGCCAAGUGAGCACCCUGUAGCUGUCCAUGAAUUUAACAGCAGUUAUCCUGUUGGGCCUCAUAUGACGUUCGUAUAUCCCGAGCGUUCAAACCAAAACAUCUUUCAGCAGCCAGCCAAGCAACGUGAAUCGGCAUCCUUUACGAGCGGUAGUGCCAGAUUGAGAGAAAUUGCGAGACCUCCAAUGCAACUUCUUGCAUCUGCUCCGCCAGCUGUGACACCACAACAGCAGCCCACACAGAGAGACAGACAGCCAAGACAGUCCGAUAGACAAUCUGCGCAAGCGGGUGCUCCAUCUACACAGCAGAGCCAACGUGUACCUCGGCGGAGACCACAUCGAUUCCAUAUUGGUCCACAGGCAGACUCCCCACAGGCUCAGGGGACCGGUUCACAGCCAAGAAUCCCACAAAACCGGUUUGAUCGCAAGCUUCCAAGUCGAUUGAACCCCAAAGCUGCUGCUUUUUCCAACGUCGAACCAGCAGAAGACUUCAUGAAGACGCUCUCCAAGAUGCAUUUUCUAGAUAAAGUGGCAUGCGUUGAUCGAUUGAUGCGUGAAGACCUCUUCAAAAGUUACAUGAAUCCACAUCUCUUCCGAGAGUACAGCACAGGUCAUGAGGACGGUUUGAAGUUUGAUCUGGAAAGGCGUAUCAAGGGUGAAUACCAUGGUAUGAUCGAAAAUACAGGGAUAAAACAUGAACGUCAAAAUCUCAAAUGGAAGACCACGUUUGAUGACAAGCAGAUCGAGAACGAGCGUCGCAGGAGGGAACUUGCUGCUCGUACAGCUGCCGGUGGUAUGACGACUGAUACUUCUGAUGAUAUUGGAAUGACACCCGCCGGCAGCAAGCGCAGGCAUCAAACACUAGCAUCGGCUCCGGAUUCUCACUAUGAGAUUGACGACGACGAUGUGAUUGAGUCCGACGAUGGCUCCGAUAACUAUCCAAUGGUCCAUCCUCGCAACUCGCCAAAGAAGCCUCGAACUUCCGAGCCAACAUCUUCAGGACCAAAGCCUUCAGAUAUCACGGAUAAGUUCUGUUCGCAUGCUGUCGAGAAUAUUCCUUUCCUUCCUGAUCCCAUCCACAGUCAAUUGCGCGUUCUCAGCACUGAGCAACUCAUCAUCCCAGUCCAAGAGUAUAUCACUCAAAAUGGUGAGAUCGCCGACACGAAUGUUGAGCACUGGCGUGCUUGUGCAGGACAGGCUGCUGGCACCGAAAUGGAGCAAGAAAUGGCCUGCACACAUUGCGCUGACCACAUGCAAGAUGGUUCUGUACCCUUUGCAAGCUGUGUCGUCAUUGGCGCAAGCAUUCCGGCUGGAAAGCAUUUCAAAGGUGCUUGCAUGAAUUGUGUCUAUCUUGGUAAGGAUCAAGAUUGCAGUCUUCGAGAGGUCGAGAGUGAGGAAAAUGAAGCUCAAUAA